GUCUCCGCCAUCUUUCCUUCGCCUAACUUGACCUGCUUUUCCCUCUUGGAAACCUUGCUGUGUACGCAUGCGCACUUAGACUGGCCUGUCCAUUAGUUCCAAUCCUCCCGCCCCAAAUCAGCGUCUUGUUCCUUGGGUUAUUGAAGUGUAUGAACGUACAAAGUUACAGUGUAAAACAAAGCGGACUAGGGCGUUGUACUCCCUUGUGCGCCUCCGUUGCCUCGGGCGUUCGUUUCGCAUACCCUGCUGGGAGUUGUAGUCCUGAAACCGGAGGUGCCUAGGAGGCGGGAGGGGGGUUGGGAGUUUCGGCGCUGAUUCCGCGGGAAGGGCCCAGGGGCCUCACACUUCGAGUCGCGGGAGCUGCACGUUUUACUGGGAGAGACGCUGCACGUGGAGCCCGCGUCGCUGCUGUUCUCAGCGGGCUUUGGAGUGCGGGCGGGGGCAACAGGGUCGAUUCGGAGCGGGCUAAAUUUAGAAAACUGAGAAAAAGAUCAACUUAGAGACUAUGAGUAUUUUUUCCGAAAGUCUAUGAGGUUCAUUUUUUCUAUAGUCUGCAUCUUCUGGGGACUGAUCUAUAACUUUUUGGGAAGAUGAUAAGGGUUGAGGUUUGAAAUACUUCAACCAUGACUAAAAGAGAAGCAGAGGAGCUAAUAGAAAUUGAGAUUGAUGGAACAGAGAAAGCAGAGUGCACAGAAGAAAGCAUUGUAGAACAAACCUACACACCAGCUGAAUGUGUAAGCCAGGCCAUAGACAUCAAUGAGCCAAUAGGCAAUUUAAAAAAAUUGCUAGAACCAAGACUACAGUGUUCUUUGGAUGCUCAUGAAAUUUGCCUGCAAGAUAUCCAGCUGGAUCCAGAACGAAGUUUAUUUGACCAAGGAGUAAAGACAGAUGGAACUGUACAGCUGAGUGUACAGGUAAUUUCUUACCAAGGAAUUGAACCAAAGCUCAACAUCCUUGAAAUUGUUAAACCUGCGGAAACAGUUGAAGUCGUUAUCGAUCCAGAUGCCCACCAUGCUGAAGCAGAAGCACAUCUUGUUGAGGAAGCUCAAGUGAUAACUCUCGAUGGCACAAAACACAUUACAACCAUUUCAGAUGAAACCUCAGAACAAGUGACAAGAUGGGCUGCUGCACUAGAAGGUUAUAGGAAAGAGCAAGAACGCCUUGGGAUACCCUAUGAUCCUGUACAGUGGUCUACAGACCAAGUCUUGCAUUGGGUAGUUUGGGUAAUGAAGGAAUUCAGUAUGACUGACAUAGACCUCACUACACUCAACAUUUCAGGACGAGAAUUAUGUAGUCUCAACCAAGAAGAUUUUUUUCAGCGAGUCCCUCGGGGAGAAAUUCUCUGGAGUCAUCUGGAGCUUCUCCGAAAAUAUGUGUUGGCAAGCCAGGAACAACAGAUGAAUGAGAUAGUUACAAUUGAUCAACCUGUGCAAAUUAUUCCAGCCUCAGUGCAGUCGGCUACACCAACUACCAUUAAAGGUAUAAACAGUGGUGCAAAGGCAGCCAAAGUACAAAGAGCUCCAAGGAUUUCAGGAGAAGAUAGAAGUUCACCUGGGAACAGAACAGGAAACAAUGGCCAAAUCCAACUAUGGCAGUUUUUGCUAGAACUUCUUACCGACAAGGAUGCUCGAGACUGCAUUUCUUGGGUUGGUGAUGAAGGCGAGUUUAAACUAAAUCAGCCUGAACUGGUUGCACAAAAAUGGGGACAACGUAAAAAUAAACCUACGAUGAACUAUGAGAAACUCAGUCGUGCGUUAAGGUAUUAUUAUGAUGGGGACAUGAUUUGUAAAGUUCAAGGCAAGAGAUUUGUGUACAAGUUUGUCUGUGACUUGAAGACUCUUAUUGGAUACAGUGCAGCAGAGUUGAACCGUUUGGUCACAGAAUGUGAACAGAAGAAACUUGCAAAGAUGCAGCUGCACGGAAUUGCCCAGCCAGUCACGGCGGUAGCCCUGGCGACGGCUUCUCUGCAAACUGAAAAGGAUAACUGAGCCCAGGACCUUCUGGAGGUUCCAGGUCUUUUCUUAACUAUUAGAGCAAGCGCUGCUCUUACCUUUAUUACUGAAUUGGAAUCUUUUAUUUCUAGACUACAAUCUGAUGCAUGAUUUUUUUAUAAAUAUUUCAUACUCUUGUGAAUCUGGAUCUUUUUACUUUGAGCAUAUAUUUUAGAAUAUGUGUAUGUUAAAGGAUCACCACAAUGGCUUCAGUGUGAAGGCGGGUUCAUUGUGGGAUAGUUUGUGAACAGUCAGGAAAGCUGAACUGGUCAGUAUUAACGUCUAGCCCGACCAAAAAUAGCCAGUAGCAUCUGAGGAUGAAAAAUAAAUGAAGUGUCUGCAGGGAACAGUCAGGCUUAGCUAUUUUUGAAAAUGUAACUGUUUCCCCUCUGCUGCCCUAGAUGUCGCUUUACAUAGAACCGCAACAUGGAGUUUUACAGCUAAAGCAUGUGUGCCUCUUUCGUCUAAUCAGGCAGAGCUAAAAUAGUCAUAUCAAAUAAAA